CAGUCGUCGUGUGUGUGACAUGUGAUUAAGACUCGCGACAGUAGCGACACCUGUCGAUUCUGCGACUGACAGCACCUUCGUCAACAUAUCACUGGUUCAGAGUGGCCGCUGCGGUGAGGGAUAUGUUUAAGUAUGCAAGUCCCUCCCUACAGUAGCAAUUGAGGGUGCACGUUUGCCGAUUGGAGGUUUUCGGCUUGCUGGGAUCGAUCAUAGCCAUACAGAAGUGUAUACGCUGUAAACGUAACUAAAGAAAGUAGUUGUUUUUCAAUUAUUCUUAGGAUUAAAGUUCCAGGCGUGAAUUUGGACGGAUAGAUCACUGAAGUCUUGACGUACAGUAAUACCUUGACACUCACACCGACAGACGGAUUAAGUCAGGUAUACUUUUUGCAUAUUAUCAAAGAACAAGAUGGAGGAUGCAGAGCUUGAGAUCCAGGUGUACAUCGCUAUUGGCUACAUGUCUAUAUUCUCGGUGGUGGGAACGAUCGGCAACGCCCUCGUUUUAUACGUCUUUUCCCGGUACAAGAACAAGCUGACGUCGACCAUCUUCAUCUUAACUCUGGCUGGUGUCGAUUUUGUCACGUGUUGUGUGACAAUUCCCUUUACCAUCGCCACAGAAGCAGUCAAAUUUGAACUGAAGUAUGACAUAAUAUGUCAGAUUUAUUUAUUUCUUAUUACGACAACUGUUCCGUUUUCGGCAUUUGUGAUGGUAGCAAUAGCGGUGGACAGAUAUUUAUGCAUUGUGUAUCCUUUCAAACAUGCAAUGACAAUACGACGAGCAGAAAUCGUUGUUGGGAGUCUCUGUGCAUUUGCUGUACUUCUUGGGAUUAUAUGUUGCUCUCACUACAGAAUAACACCUGUUCCUGAGGGAAAGGAGAUAGUAACAACAAUGUACCAAAAUGUCACUAAUUUGCCAAACUCAUCAAUACAAAACAUUACAAAAUAUAAAUACGUCUGUUUGCCACAAGAAACAGAAUUCUUUUUCAUAUAUCAGAAAAUCUACUCGUCGUUUUUUGGAAUUUGCGCCCUGAUUGUCAUUAUUUUGUACUGUUUAAUAUACAGAUCCGUUUUAGCUCGUCGAAGAAAGAAGUUUGAAAUGUUCUUGUCUGACAACUGCUGUGGAAUAUGGAGCUCCCAGAGCUUUGCAGAACAGACCGAGAUCACUGUUCUAAACAAUACAGACGUGACAAAUGCUCAGGAUGAUCACAAAGUAGAAGAAACCUGUGAUAAAGCCGUGCAAAAGAACGGAAAUACACAGAUCAGCGAUAGGGACGUCAUUUUAAAACCAGGGGGCGUGUCAAAAGCCAAACUUGAGAAGAUGCGCAUUGCAAACAUUAAAACAGCAUUUAUGCUGUCUAUCGUGGCUUUGGUGUUUAUUGUAGCUUUUCUUCCUUCAUGGUUAGUGGCCCUUAAGGUCCUUCCAUUAAAUAUCAUUGUCAUAUACAUGUACUUCAUUUACAAUGUUGUUAAUCCAGUCAUUUAUGCCUUCCUAAACGAGACGUUUAGAGAACAGUUAUCACAAAGACUUUGUUGUCGUAAAUCGUAAAUAUAGAAAUUCUCA